CCGUUAUCUAAAUUUUUAGCAAGAUCGUCUUCAGAAAAAUUCAUGGAUAGCACCGAAUGACACCGACAUUGGAGAACAAGGCAAACAUCAAGACGACACGAAACACCGAACGGCGAACCGGCAACCCACUUGACAGAAACCCCAAAUUGUUCUGUAGUUCGUAUUUGCGAGUUCGAGAUCAUGUCGACUGCGACGGCAAAGGUACCGCAGCCUCAGGGCAUGCGCAAGAAUGGCAAGCAAUGGCUUCCACAGAAAAAGGCGUUCCGACCGACCUCUGGCUUAACAUCUUUUGAGAAGCGAACACAGGAACGGACGGCCAUGGCAGCAAUGAAAUUGAAGGAGAAGGAGAUGAAGGACGAGAAGGAGGAAGAUCGCCAGAGAAAAGUACAAGCCAUCAAGGACAAGCGCGCCGCAAAGGAAGAACGCGAGCGAUACGAAAAAUUGGCCGAAAAGAUGCAUAAGAAGCGAGUCGAGCGUCUCAAGAGGAAGGAGAAGCGCAACAAGCUCAUCAACUCUUGAGGGACCGCAAUCAUGCGACUAUGUCGCGCUUUCGGAACCAUCGAACUGAGUCCUGGGGCCAGGUAGAGGAGGACGACGAGAAGGGGUCUUCCGCAACCAGGAUUUCCAGCUUGAAGCCCGUAUGGCGCUUCAAUCAGCUCAUUACCCACCGCCACUCAACGCCAAACCAUACAGCUUCCCGGCUAUCCCGUUCCAGGUUCUGGGGAAGUGUAGUAGGUUCGCUUUUAAACAGCUGGAGAAGCGUUCGACGAACCAUGUAGAUGGAUAACGGCGGUAGCUUUUAGGCAUGAGACAAGGAGCAUAUAGAGCACACAGAGCAUGCAGAGCCAGCAGAGCAUACAAAGCAUACAGAGAGCACAUUCAGUGGAGUUGCUUUUGGCGCAAUUCGUAGAAACUGGUGCAAGGCCGGACACAUUACAUUACAUCACAUGACUUGUCAAGGCUUAAUACAAUAAUGCUACCGAACCAAUUUUACGUGCAUA